GAAGAUCCGUGUUGCCAGGUUAGCUUAGCUUGCUACACACAGGUUGAAAGAGUUGCAUUUACGUGCUUUUCAUAAAUAUUUAAAAGUUUUUUUUUUCCAGAACAUUUAGUUAAUUUUGAAGCCUUUAGUUUGUAAAUAACAGGUGAAGGGGAAAAGGCAAACUAUCUCCGGAUUUUACGUGAGUGGAACCGUAUUUCUUCUCUGGGAGAAGCAGCUAUUAGAAGACAGCAUUGAGAUGCGCAAAGAGGUGUAAACCUGCAGAGAAAGCUGUGUUCAAAUGGGGAAAAGGAAAGACAUGAUUCACCCCAGGUUUUUCAGUGAGCCCACCCCCAGCCUGCACAGCAUCCACAAGCGCAAACACAAAAAACACAAGAAGCACAAAAAGAAGCAUCACAACUUCCCUGAGGCCCCGGAGCCCGAGCCCCUCCCAGUCCCCAGACCCCCACCACAACUCAGACUCAAGAUCAAGCUGGGAGGUCAGACUCUGGGCACCAAGAGUGUUCCUACUUUCACCGUCCACCCCGGAGUGGCUCGACCUCCUUCACCGUUGAUGAUCAUCGAUAACAAUGUGGAUGAUGAUGAUGAGGAUGAACACGAUGAGGAGGAGGAUGACGAUGAGCCCUCUGUGCCUUUGGAGCAGUAUCGAGCCUGGCUGGAUGAAGACAGUAACUUGGCCACACCCCCCCUGCCGGACAUGGACUCCGACUCCAUGCUGUGCGGUCCGGUGGACGAGGAGGAGAGGUGGCUGGAUGCUCUGGAGAAAGGAGAGCUGGACGACAACGGAGAGCUCAAGAAGGAGAUCGACGAGUCGUUGCUCACCGCUCGACAGAAAGCCCUGCUGCACAAGCAGCAGAGCCAGCCUCUGCUGGAGCUGCCGAUGGGCUACAAGGAGAAGGAGAUGACCGCCGAGAUGAUGCAGAAACGAGAGGAGCGAGCCCGCAAGAGGCGCCUGCAGGCCGCCAAGAAAGCAGAGGAGAACAAGAACCAGACGAUAGAAAGGCUGACCAAAACCAGCAAGGCCAAAAUCAAGAGCCUGAAGGACAAGAAAGCACGGCAGAGUCAGUGCCCCAUGGUCCGGUACGUCGACUCCGCUCAGGGGAUCUCCAUCUCCUUCCCCACGGGCGUCCUCGGUCCGGCUGUGGCGCCUCCUCGCCCUCCCCCUGCAGCUCCGGUCAGCUGUGGAGUGAGCGGCUGCACCAACCGCAGGAAGUACUCCUGCUCUAAAAGCGGCGUUCCUCUCUGCAGCUUGGAGUGCUACAGGAAGAACCUGCUGCUGGUUCAGAGCGCGGCGUGACAGCUGGGAUCACAUCUGGAUUUGUCAGAAAACCACGAAAGAUCAAUUUUGAACUCCUGACUGAUAUUCUGCAGCUGUGCAAACUUUUAAUCAAUCAACAUUUCUUUUGUAUAUUUUCUCCAUCAACUAUGUCAAAACGUUUGUGUAUCAUAUGUUAAUAUUUAUAAUCUGUAAAGCAUCUAAUUACUAACAGCUACACAAAGUAGAACGUGUAAAAACGUCUUCAUCGUUGAUCAUUUUUUUAAAUAAUGUGUCAAAGAAAAACAUCAGGUAAACAUGAGGAAAAAAAAUAUUUUUUAAUGUUAAAUAGUAUUAUUUAUGCAGACAAAAAGGUCUGUUUUCUUACAAAACUGUACAAUAUUUAAAUAAUGCCUUAGUGACUCAAUCAGUAAAGUUUUCUGUGGCAACAACA